GGGACGCCCGACAGUCUCCAGCUGGGGACCUUCUCUGGCGAGCUGGCCCCGCGGUGAUCUACGCUGAGCCCGAGCCAACGGGUUUCCACACCCCGGGGUCCUCCAAGAGCCACCAGCCGCCCUCGAGCUGCCCCUGGCCACUGUCGCCCAUGGCGGUGGCCGAGCUGUACACGCAGAGCCCCGGAAGUCUUCCCUGGGACCUCACAUCCAGGCCUACCUCGGCUGUCACCAGAACACCUCUGCUUUGACCCGUUUCACACGGUGGGCUGCCACCAUUUCAUUUGAAGGAAGCUUUCUGCCACUUUCUAAAAGUAUCCGACAAACAACUCGGAGAAGACGAUCUCCAAGGACCUUUUCAGAUCUAAAAUUCUACAGUGGCUGAUUCUUGAUACUUUGGGGUGUGCCAUUAACGAUUUGAGUUUUACAAGUACAACAGGGUUUGGAUUCCUGAUCCUGAAGAAGUUUGGAAGUCUGCUGAAAUCGCAAAGGACUACAGAGCUGGAGACAAAGUCCUGCGACUCCUGCUGGAGGAUGGAACGUGUUUCUGUCACACGCACACACAAUGACUGAACUGGAAAGGGGGGUUGCUGAGUCUAAACAGAAAAUCUGACAGUGACAAGACAGCCACAUGAAGAUGGAGGCAGAGAUGGGAGAGCUUCAUCUACGAGUCAAGGAAGACAAAUUGCCAGCAAAACAGCAGAAGCUGGAAGAGGCAAGGAAGGGUCCUUCCCUUGCAGGCUUCAGAGGGAGCACAGCCCUGCCAGCACCUCGAUUUCAGACUCUGGCCUCCAGAACUGUGAGAUGAUGAAUUUCUGUUGUUUCAAGGCACUGAGUUUGUGGUACUUUGGUUACAGCUGCCCUAGGACCCUAAGGCACUGUCCCUGCCCAGCCUCAUCCUCAGGCCCCCUGUGAUAGCAAAGCCCAGCUCAGGAUGAGGCCUUGCCACAAAGGAGUGCAACAGAUUAAGUCUAGGAACUGUUACUGGAACUGUUAGAAAAGAAAAGCUGUUUCCCUCAGAACUGCUAUCCUGUGAGGAUGCAAGGUGGCAGCUACUUGCAGCUAUUUUUAUUCCUUGUGGGAAGAGCAUGCUUGAGAAUGAAAUCGGCACAGAGAAGAGAGCCAUGAGUAGGAGGAAGUGAAAGAAAGAGAAACUGAAAAAUAUUGAGGCCCACAAAUACAGUUGCUGUGGUAACGACCGAGCAGGCAGCUACUCUGAGAUUCAUGUCCAAUGGUCCUGGAUUGCCUUGAGCUGCUCUCCUAAUGCACAACAGACAGACAGACAAAAUCCCCUCGCCUCUCCACACUGGCAGGAGGCAUCGUGAUGGUGAAAGGGCCCUGGCUUCCCGCCAGUCAGACUCACAUUAACUGGGUGACCUUAGACAACUUAACCUCUCGGAACCCGUCUCAUUACCUGGAAACGGAGCUAGUGAUGCCUGCCUUGGAGGGCAGCUUUGAGGAGUAACCAAAACAACCAGUGCUAGGAGCUAGAUUAUUCCAUUGAUUCAGAAUCUCUGCCGCCACUUCGGAAUCCUGACAUCCUUGUAGGAGAGAAUGACCUCACGGCUCUUAGUUAUCUCCACGAGCCUGCAGUGCUUCACAAUCUCAGAAUCCGCUUUGCAGAAUCCAAGCUCAUUUACACCUACAGCGGCAUCAUUUUGGUGGCCAUGAAUCCUUACAAGCAGUUGCCCAUUUACGGAGAUGCCAUCAUCCACGCCUACAGCGGGCAGAACAUGGGCGACAUGGACCCGCACAUAUUCGCCGUGGCGGAAGAGGCCUACAAGCAGAUGGCCAGAAACAAUAAAAAUCAGUCAAUAAUUGUAAGCGGGGAGUCGGGUGCUGGAAAGACAGUGUCAGCUCGCUACGCCAUGCGGUACUUCGCCACCGUCAGCAAGUCGAGCAGUAACGCUCACGUGGAGGACAAGGUUCUGGCGUCUAACCCCAUAACUGAGGCUGUUGGAAAUGCCAAGACAACCCGUAAUGACAACAGUAGUCGGUUUGGGAAAUACACAGAAAUCAGUUUUGAUGCAAGAAAUCAAAUUAUAGGGGCCAACAUGAGAACUUACCUGCUGGAGAAAUCGAGAGUUGUCUUUCAGUCGGAAAAUGAACGAAAUUACCAUAUUUUCUAUCAGCUUUGUGCAUCUGCACAGCAGCCAGAAUUUAAACAUCUUAAAUUGGGGAGUGCAGAAGAAUUUAAUUAUACGAGCAUGGGAGGCAACGCUGUCAUCGAAGGUGUGAAUGACAGAGCCGACAUGGUGGAGACUCAGAAGACGUUCACGCUGCUGGGUUUCAAGGAGGAUUUUCAGAAUGAUGUUUUUAAGAUCCUGGCGGCCAUCCUGCAUCUGGGCAACGUGCAGAUAGCAGCAAUGGGCAACGAGAGGUCCUCAAUCAGUGAGGACGACCGUCACCUGAACGUGUUCUGUGAGCUCCUGGGCCUGGAGGCCAGCCAAGUCGCUCAGUGGCUGUGCAAUCGCAAAAUUGUCACGACCUCCGAGACGGUGGUGAAACCCAUGACGAGGUCCCAGGCUGCCAAUGCCAGGGACGCACUGGCCAAAAAGAUCUAUGCCCACCUGUUCAACUUCAUUGUGGAGAAAAUUAACCAAGCAUUGCAGUUUUCAGGCAAGCAGCACACUUUUAUUGGUGUUUUGGACAUUUAUGGUUUUGAAACCUUCGAUGUGAAUAGCUUUGAACAGUUCUGCAUCAAUUAUGCCAAUGAAAAAUUGCAACAGCAGUUUAACCUGCAUGUCUUUAAACUUGAACAAGAAGAAUAUAUGAAGGAAAAUAUCCCUUGGACUCUGAUAGAUUUUUAUGACAAUCAACCAGUUAUCGACCUAAUUGAAGCAAAAAUGGGCAUUUUGGAGUUACUGGAUGAAGAAUGCUUGUUACCACAUGGAACUGAUGAAAACUGGCUUCAAAAGCUGUAUAAUAAUUUUGUCAACAAGAACUCUUUGUUUGAAAAGCCCAGAAUGUCAAACACGUCCUUUAUCAUCCAGCACUUUGCUGAUGAGGUGGAGUAUAAAUGUGAGGGUUUCCUUGAGAAGAACAGAGACACUGUCUACGACAUGCUGGUUGAAACCCUGAGCGCGAGCAAGUUUCAACUCUGUGCUGGCUUUUUUCAAGAAAAUCCAGUCCCUUCGUCCCCUUUCGGUUCAGCGAUCACAGUUAAAUCUGCAAAACAAGUCAUCAAGCCAAACAACAAGCAUUUCCGGACCACAGUUGGGAGCAAGUUCCGCAGCUCUCUGUACUUGCUCAUGGAGACCCUCAAUGCGACCACGCCCCACUAUGUGCGCUGCAUCAAGCCAAAUGAUGAGAAAUUACCCUUUGAGUUUGACACCAAAAGAAUAGUUCAGCAGCUGAGAGCCUGCGGCAUUUUAGAAACGAUUCGCAUCAGUGCGCAGAGCUACCCUUCCAGGUGGACGUACAUCGAGUUCUACAGUCGCUAUGGCAUCCUCAUGACCAAGCAGGAGCUCUCCUUCAGUGAUAAAAAGGAGGUGUGCAAAGUGGUUUUGCACAGGCUUAUCCAGGAUUCUAAUCAGUAUCAGUUUGGUAAAACCAAGAUUUUCUUCAGAGCAGGGCAAGUGGCUUAUUUAGAGAAACUCCGGUUGGAUAAACUGAGGCAGGGUUGUGUUGUUAUACAAAAGCACAUCCGUGGCUGGCUCCAGAGAAAAAAAUUUCUCCGAGAGAGAAAAGCUGCCCUGAUAAUCCAGCGGUACUUCCGGGGUCAGCAAACCGUGAGGAAAGCUAUUACGGCAACAGCCUUAAAAGAAGCUUGGGCAGCCAUAAUUCUUCAGAAGCACUGCCGUGGAUACCUCGUCCGCAGUUUGUACCAGCUCAUCCGCGUGGCUGCCAUCACCAUCCAGGCAUACACCCGAGGACUCCUGGCGAGGAGGAGGUAUCGAAAGAUGCUGGAGGAACACAAGGCUUUGAUCCUUCAGAAAUAUGCAAGGGCGUGGCUGGCCAGACGCAGAUUCCAGAAUAUCCGGCGGUUCGUGCUAAACAUUCAGCUUACUUAUAGGGUCCAGCGUUUGCAGAAAAAGCUGGAAGAUCAGAACAAAGAGAACCAUGGGUUGGUGGAGAAGCUGACCAGCCUGGCCUCUCUUCGGGCCAGUGAUGUGGAGAAGAUUCAGAAACUGGAAUCAGAACUGGAAAGAGCAGCCACCCACAGGCAAAAUUACGAGGAGAAGGGAAAGAGAUACAAGGACACUGUGGAAGAGAAAUUGGCAAAGCUUCAGAAGCAUAAUUCGGAACUGGAAAUACAAAAAGAGCAAAUACAGUUGAAGCUUCAAGAGAAGACCGAAGAAUUGAAAGAGAAAAUGGAUGACCUCACCAAGCAGCUUUUUGAUGAUGUGCAAAAGGAAGAACGACAAAGAAUACUUCUAGAAAAAAGUUUUGAACUGAAAGCCCAAGACUAUGAGACGCAGAUCCGGUCUUUGAAAGAAGAGAUGAAAGCUCUAAAGGAUGAGAAAAUGCAACUCCAGCAUGAGCUGGAGGAAGAGCAGGUCAUCUCUGGUGGAUUGAAGGGGGAAGUGGCCCGACUGAGCAAGCAGACAAAGACAAUUACUGAGUUUGAAAAGGAGAUAGAACUACUUCAAACACAGAAGAUAGAUGUGGAAAAACAUGUGCAGUCACAAAAACGAGAAAUGAGAGAAAAGAUGUCAGAGGUCACAAAACAACUUCUUGAAAGCUAUGACAUUGAAGAUGUAAGAAGCAGGCUCUCUAUGGAAGAUUUGGAACAUUUAAAUGAGGAUGGAGAACUUUGGUUUGCUUAUGAAGGACUAAAGAAAGCAACACGCGUUUUGGAGAGUCAUUUCCAGUCCCAAAAAGAUUGCUAUGAAAAGGAGAUUGAAGCUCUGAACUACAAAGUGGUGCACCUAAGUCAAGAAAUCAACCACCUGCAGAAAUUAUUUAGAGAAGAGAAUGACAUCAAUGAAAGCAUUCGUCAUGAAGUUACGAGGCUAACAUCAGAAAACAUGAUGAUCCCAGAUUUUAAACAGCAAAUUUCAGAACUGGAAAAAAAGAAGCAAGAUCUUGAAAUUCGCCUAAAUGAACAAACUGAAAAAAUGAAAGGAAAACUGGAAGAAUUGUCUGCUCAGUUGGAUCACAAUCGUGAAGAAGAAGGGACACAGAGAAAAACCAUAGACGCCCAAAAUGAACUACACACCAAAGAGAAAGAGAAGCUGAUGGAUAAGAUUCAAGAAAUACAGGCGGCCAGUGACAACUUGAAGAAGCAAUUUGAAACCGAAAGGGAGGUCAAAAGUGGUUUUCAGCAGAAUGCAUCUCGUCUCACGAUGGAAAACAGGGAUCUUGAAGAAGAGUUAGACAUGAAGGACAGAGUGAUUAAAAAGCUACAAGAUCAACUCAGGACUCUAACCAAGACAAUUGAAAAAGCCAAUGAUGUGCACUUGUCUUCAGGACCCAAGGAGUACCUUGGAAUGCUGGAAUACAAGAAGGAAGAUGAGGCCAAGCUGAUUCAAAACCUCAUUCUUGACUUAAAACCUCGUGGUGUGGUGGUGAACAUGAUCCCUGGCCUGCCAGCUCACAUCCUCUUCAUGUGUGUACGCUAUGCAGACUCCCUAAAUGAUGCCAAUAUGCUGAAGUCCCUCAUGAACAGCACCAUCGAUGGCAUCAAGCAGGUGGUAAAGGAACAUUUAGAAGAUUUUGAGAUGCUGUCCUUUUGGCUUUCCAAUACUUGUCAUUUCCUCAAUUGUUUGAAGCAGUACAGCGGGGAAGAGGAAUUCAUGAAGCAUAACAGUCCACAUCAGAAUAAGAAUUGCUUGAACAAUUUUGACCUUUCAGAAUACAGACAGAUUCUUAGUGAUGUUGCCAUACGGAUAUACCAUCAGUUCAUAAUUGUAAUGGAAAGUAACUUUCAACCAAUAAUAGUGCCAGGCAUGCUGGAGUAUGAGAGUCUGCAGGGCAUUUCUGGCCUGAAGCCCACAGGCUUCCGGAAGCGGUCAUCCAGCAUAGACGACACAGAUGCCUACACGAUGACUUCCGUCCUGCAGCAGUUGAGCUACUUCUACAGCACCAUGUGCCAGAAUGGCCUGGACCCAGAGCUGGUGAGGCAGGCCGUGAAGCAGCUCUUCUUCCUGAUUGGGGCAGUCACCCUGAAUAGCCUCUUCCUGCGCAAGGACAUGUGCUCCUGCAGAAAGGGGAUGCAGAUAAGGUGCAACAUCAGCUACUUAGAAGAAUGGCUUAAAGAUAAGAAUUUGCAACACAGCUUGGCCAAAGAAACUCUGGAACCUCUCUCUCAGGCAGCCUGGUUGCUUCAGGUCAAAAAGGCCACAGACAGUGAUGCCAAGGAGAUCUACGAAUGCUGUACCUCACUGUCUGCUGUGCAGAUCAUAAAGAUCCUUAACUCAUACACACCUAUAGAUGACUUCGAGAAAAGAGUGACUCCAUCUUUUGUUCGCAAAGUACAGGCUCUCCUAAAUAGCCGGGAGGAUUCAUCACAGCUGAUGUUGGAUACCAAAUAUCUCUUUCAAGUCACAUUUCCUUUUACCCCAUCUCCACAUGCUCUGGAAAUGAUCCAGAUCCCCAGCAGUUUCAAGCUAGGCUUUCUCACUAGAUUAUAGCAGGAGAAAAGAAAGUAAAUGUACUUUUCUCUCAAAAGCUAAACGAAGGUGAAAUAUGAGGGGGUGUGCUUUAUUAAUUGGAACUGGAAAUGCUUUGGAAUGUGAUUUAAGGAAGCAAAUAGAGUUCUCCCAGAUGGGCCUGUUCAUUGUGUUUCUUGCCAGCUACACCUUCUCCCUUACACAGUUGUGGGGCUGCCACUGUCAUUUUAUAAGAAUUAGCACACACCACCUGUAGUUGGAAAGGCCAUGUUGAACUUUGGAAUAUCAGCUGGUUUUUAUUGGAAUUUCUGGGAGGCUCAUAUUUUCUUCCAGGUGCCUUUUUGUCCAAAUGUACCUGUGACAGGCCUCCCCCUGUGACCACAUCUCCCAGGUCUUCUGAGGUUCUUGUGAAGCCCAGGUACAUUUAUGAAGCCAGACCAGGCUCCAGGACUGAGUCUUCGAGGACAUAAUCCCAUUUGGCACCGUGGCCCGCCAAAAGUCCUCCUGCCCCAUGCCCACUGGGAAGGGGGGAGUCACUCUUUUUACUAAAAAUGCUCAUGCAUAAAAAAUAUUUAUUACUUCAGACCCCUCUAAUUUUUAAGAAAAUAUGAGAUAUUCAAUCUGAAAUCAAUCAUAUGCAGUAUUUUAUGCAUCUAUUUUAAAUUAAUAUAUACUAAAGUUUAAUCGCCAUAUCUGCCAUCUUCUCCACUGAAAGAACAUUUCUUUAAUUUUUAUCUGCUAACAUAUUUACCACAAUUUUUCAUUGUUUAAUCUUUUAUAUAAUACAUUUUUUAGAACUAAGCUUAAAAAGACAACCUAAGGGUUUUUCUGUACCUAAUCAGCAUUGUGAUGUUAUUUAUGUUUAAAUUUUUUCAUAAAAAUAAUUUAAGAAUUAUGUUAGCUCCCCCAUUUGAGAAACCUAUGCUUCCUACAUUUUAUGGGAACUGGCUGUUUCUUGUCUCCCCUCCCCCACCCCCCAAACCUUCUCUUCCCUUCCUUGUAGACCAUAAAACAUCAUUAGACAAGCACUCCUACCCUGUGACCUGUGUCUGCUACGGCCACUAGCAGGCCAUCCCAACCACCCCUUCUGUUUCUGACAGUCACAGGCAAUAGUGGUGAUUUUAUAACACAUACAUUUAUCUUAGGAGUGGAAAGUAUACAUGAUUAUAGAGCAAAAUCACCCCUCUAAUAUGUAAUAAUAUUUUUUCAUAUUAUAAAUGAAUGUUUUAAUUCAGUUUAUUUAAAGACAUUAUACAUGAAUAAAUGAAAAGUAGAACUCUUUAAUAUU